GUCUUUAUAUCAUUCGUUUCUUUAAAAGUUCAUGCCGCUGUUUAGCCCUUCCCCCAUUUUGUUGGGUUGGCGGAUUGACCGUGGACUGCAUGUGCUGCACCAGUUUGGGCUGGAAUUACCGGUAUUGUAAGAACAAGCCGUACCCAAAGUCUCGCUUCUGCCGAGGUGUCCCUGAUGCCAAGAUCCGCAUUUUUGAUCUGGGACGGAAGAAGGCAAAAGUCGAUGAGUUCCCACUCUGUGGCCACAUGGUGUCAGAUGAAUAUGAGCAGCUCUCCUCCGAAGCCCUGGAGGCUGCUCGUAUUUGUGCCAACAAGUACAUGGUGAAAAGCUGUGGCAAAGAUGGCUUUCACAUCCGAGUGCGGCUCCACCCCUUCCACGUCAUCCGCAUCAACAAGAUGUUGUCCUGUGCCGGGGCUGACAGGCUCCAGACAGGUAUGCGGGGUGCCUUUGGAAAGCCCCAGGGCACAGUGGCUAGGGUCCACAUUGGCCAAGUCAUCAUGUCCAUCCGCACCAAGCUGCAGAACAAGGAGCAUGUGAUUGAGGCCCUACGCAGGGCCAAGUUCAAGUUCCCUGGCCGCCAGAAGAUCCACAUCUCCAAGAAGUGGGGUUUUACUAAGUUUAAUGCGGAUGAAUUUGAAGACAUGGUGGCUGAAAAGCGGCUCAUCCCGGAUGGCUGUGGGGUCAAAUACAUCCCUAAUCGUGGCCCCCUGGACAAAUGGCGGGCCCUGCACUCAUGAGAGCUUCAGCACUGCCUCCUCCUUACGCCCACCAAUAAAUCCUACUUACUGUCCA